AUGCCUGAUCGCAGCCCCGACAAGCCGAAGCCCAAUUACCUGAAAGGUGAUGGCAAGUUCAAGCGUCAAGAGCCUGAGCUAGGCUUUUUCCAGACUAAGCUGCGAGACAAGGAGGGCCUCGAGGCACAGAAGAAGAGACACGUGAAGGACAAGAAGGAGAAGGAAGACGAGAAGGAGAUCAAGCCAGACCAGGAGGAGGUGAAGGCAAAGGGCCAGAAACGAAAGGUUUGA